AUGGCCUCUAGUCAUUGUACCCCUGUCAUAGCUAGCAGAACCAGCAGCAGAACCAGCAGCAGCAGAAGAAACACCAGUCCUCCACCAGCUAUUCAACUUGCCACCAUCUUCCACUCACACGAUCCCGAUCUGGCCCCCGAAGCUCACUUCCCUCCUCAGCUAGUAUCAAUAUCUGUGUCAACGCCUGCCCGACAGACUGGUGGCACCAUAUCCACCGCACGCGUACGACGUUUUGUCAACCGAUUCAACAACCGGGAGAUCCUCUUAGCAGUAGAUGGGUCGUGUGUCAACAACGGACGACACGCAGAUAAGUUGACCGAGCCGGUGGGAGGUUGUGCGUUUAUGUUCCGGGCCGCAAUUUCCUCGCCAUCGUCGUCACGCCCUUCACGAACUUCAACAACGUUGUCCAACCCAGCGAUGAGACGGAACCACGCCGACAAUAUCCCAGACCCGAUCGCCUUCCGCUACGAGACAUCACCAGAAUCAACCCACAAAAACGGGCCCGAACCUACCUCCAACCGAGCAAAGCUCCGCGCAGUCAUCGCAGCCUUAGAAUUUCGACCAUGGGGCCAAACCCAACGCGAAAACUGGCACCGCGUCAUCAUCCUCACCGACCUCGAGUACGUCGUCUUUGGCGCAACCCGGUGGCUGCCGCAGUGGGUAGCUCGACAUUGGCGCAAACCGAGGAACAAUCGCGGCAGUGGGCCCGGCGGGCGGUGGUACGGGAACCGUGAUCUGUGGGAGGCGUUGCAGAGACGUGUGGAGGAGCUGAGGGAGGGUGGGUGUGAGGUUUCGUUUUGGCUUGUUGGGCGGGGAGGAGGGGUUGGUUUAAGGGGAGGGGAUGAUGACGAUGAGGAUGGAUGGGAUGAAGAGAGGGGGGGUCAGGGAAGGGAGGACGUGGUUGGGCAGGUGAAGACGGCAGCGAGGAGGGCGGCUAGGGCGAGAGGGGAUGAGUUGGAGGAGUUGACGAGCCUGUAUGACAGCGUCCGUUUGUGA